GACGGGGCCGCGGCCCUGCGGCCGCCAUGGCGGAGUGUUCGGGGAUGCAGUUCGUCAGUCCGUACGCCUUCGAGGCGAUGCAGAAGGUGGACGUGGUGCGCCUGGCCGCGCUCAGCGACCCCGAGCUGCGCCUGCUCCUGCCCUGCCUGGUGCGCAUGGCUCUCUGCGCUCCUGCGGACCAGAGCCAGAGCUGGGCCCAGGACAAGAAGCUCAUCCUGCGGCUCCUCUCGGGCGUGGAGGCCGUCAACUCUAUCGUUGCUCUGCUGUCCGUCGACUUCCACGCGCUGGAGCAGGACGCCAGCAAAGAGCAGCAGCUCCGGCACAAGCUGGGAGGAGGCAGCGGGGAGAGCAUCCUGGUGUCACAGCUGCAGCACGGGCUGACACUGGAGUUUGAGCACAGCGAUUCGCCCCGCCGGCUCCGCCUGGUGCUCAGCGAGCUGCUGGCCAUCAUGAAUAAGGUGUCGGAAUCGAACGGGGAGUUUUUUCUCAAAUCUUCCGAGCUCUUUGAGAGCCCUGUCUAUCUGGAGGAGGCAGCAGAUGUUCUCUGCAUUCUGCAAGCAGAGCUGCCAUCGCUGUUGCCUAUAGUUGAUGUAGCUGAAGCGCUGCUGCACGUUAAAAAUGGAGCCUGGUUCCUCUGCCUGCUGGUGGCAAAUGUUCCUGAUAGCUUUAAUGAGGUCUGUAGGGGUUUGAUUAAGAACGGGGAACGGCAAGAUGAGGAAAGCGUUGGAGGCCGUCGCAGAACAGAAGCGCUCCGUCACCUCUGCAAGAUGAACCCUUCCCAAGCUCUGAGGGUCCGAGGCAUGGUGGUGGAAGAGUGCCACCUACCGGGUCUUGGUGUGGCUUUGACAUUGGAUCACACCAAAAAUGAAUCUUCGGAUGAUGGAGUGAGCGACCUGGUGUGUUUUGUGAGUGGUUUGCUGCUUGGAACGAAUGCAAAAGUUCGAACUUGGUUUGGAACUUUCAUCCGAAAUGGCCAGCAGAGAAAAAGAGAUAAUAUCAGUUCUGUGCUUUGGCAAAUGAGGAGACAGCUGCUCCUGGAGCUCAUGGGAAUCCUUCCCACGGUUCGCAGCACACACAUUGUUGAGGAAGCAGAUGUUGAUACAGAGCCAAAUGUGUCUGUGUAUUCUGGACUGAAGGAGGAGCACGUUGUGAAAGCCAGCGCGCUGCUACGGCUCUACUGCGCUUUGAUGGGAAUUGCUGGGCUGAAACCAACAGAUGAAGAAGCUGAGCAGCUGCUGCAGCUGAUGACCAGCCGGCCGCCCGCAACCCCCGCUGGUGUUCGCUUUGUGUCUCUCUCCUUUUGUAUGCUCCUGGCCUUCUCCACUCUUGUCAGUACACCAGAACAGGAGCAGCUCAUGGUGAUGUGGCUUAGCUGGAUGAUAAAGGAAGAGGCUUACUUUGAAAGCAUUUCUGGUGUGUCUGCUUCCUUCGGAGAGAUGCUUCUCUUGGUAGCCAUGUAUUUCCACAGCAAUCAGCUCAGUGCUAUCAUCGAUUUGGUCUGCUCCACGCUGGGAAUGAAGAUUGUUAUAAAGCCCAGCUCUCUGAGCAGAAUGAAGACAAUCUUCACACAGGAGAUUUUCACUGAACAGGUUGUCACAGCCCACGCAGUCCGUGUGCCCGUUACAGGCAGCCUCAGUGCCAACAUUACUGGGUUUCUGCCCAUUCACUGCAUUUACCAGCUGUUAAGGAGCCGAUCAUUCACCAAGCACAAAGUAUCCAUUAAGGACUGGAUUUACCGGCAGCUCUGUGAAACCACCACUCCGCUCCACCCUCAGCUGCUUCCUCUUAUUGAUGUCUACAUUAACUCCAUUCUUACUCCUGCAUCAAAAUCCAACCCAGAAGCCACAAACCAGCCUGUCACAGAACAGGAGAUACUGAAUGUUUUUCAAGGGCUCACUGGGGGAGAAAACGCUCGUCCUACUCAGCGGUACAGCAUCACAACGCAACUGCUUGUCCUCUACUAUGUCCUGUCAUAUGAAGAAGCACUUCUGGCAAACACAAAGAUACUGGCUGCCAUGCAAAGAAAACCCAAGUCUUACUCUUCAGCAUUAAUGGAUCAGAUUCCCAUCAAGUACCUCAUCCGGCAGGCACAGGGGCUACAGCAGGAACUGGGAGGUUUGCAUUCUGCACUGCUACGCCUUCUUGCAACUAACUAUCCACACCUGUGCAUUGUGGAAGACUGGAUCUGCGAGGAGCAGAUCACGGGCACUGAUGCCCUGCUGAGGAGGAUGCUCCUCACAACCAUUGCGAAGAAUCAUUCUCCCAAACAGCUCCAGGAAGCAUUUUCCAUGCUGCCUGGAAAUCACACCCAGCUGAUGCAGAUUUUAGAACACUUAACACUUCUCUCGGCUGGUGAAUUGAUCCCAUAUGCAGAAGUAUUGACAUCAAAUAUGAAUUGCUUGCUAAAUGCUGGAGUCCCACGGAGGAUUCUUCAGACUGUCAACAAACUGUGGAUGGUUCUUAACACCGUGAUGCCAAGAAGGUUGUGGGUGAUGACUGUUAAUGCUCUGCAGCCUUCAGUGAAGAUGGUCCGACAGCAGAAGUACACUCAGAAUGAUCUGAUGAUUGAUCCUUUGAUCGUGCUGAGGUGUGAUCAGAGAGUUCAUAGGAGCCCUCCUCUGAUGGAUAUAACUUUGCACAUGUUGAAUGGAUAUCUUCUUGCUUCAAAAGCUUACCUCAAUGCUCACCUGAAAGAAACAGCAGAGCAGGACAUUAGGCCAUCCCAGAACAAUGCCAUGGGUCCAGAAACCCCAGAAGUUACAAGGGAAGAAUUGAAAAAUGCGUUGCUUGCUGCUCAGGACAGCGCUGCUGUGCAGAUUCUUCUAGAGAUCUGCUUACCGACAGAAGAGGAGAAAACCCAGAGCAGCAGUACCUACAGUUUGCUAAAGAGUGUUCAGAAUACCACAGGUCCUAAGAGUUCAGAUCUAGAGGAAGAGGAAGAUAGCUUGCUGUGUAACCUUCGAGAGGUCCAGUGUCUGAUCUGCUGUCUGCUGCAUCAGAUGUAUAUAGCUGACCCCAACAUAGUAAAGCUAGUUCAUUUCCAGGGUUAUCCGUGUGAACUGCUGGCCCUGACAGUGGCAGGGAUUCCAUCGAUGCACAUCUGUUUGGAUUUCAUACCUGAGCUCAUUGCCCAGCCUGAACUUGAAAAACAGAUAUUUGCCAUCCAGUUACUUUCGUUUUUGUGCAUUCAAUAUGCUCUACCAAAAUCUCUCAGUGUGGCUCGUUUGGCUAUCAAUGUGAUGGGAACCCUACUCACAGUUUUAACCCAGUCGAAGCGCUAUGCCUUUUUCAUGCCAACCCUGCCUUGUUUGGUGUCGUUCUGUCAAGCCUUCCCUCCUUUAUAUGAGGAUAUUAUGUCUCUGCUGAUACAGAUAGGGCAAGUUUGUGCCUCUGAUGUUGCUACACAGACAAGAGACUUUGACCCAAUAAUUACACGUCUCCAGCAGCUAAAGGAGAGACCAAAUGAAGUGUUGGGACUUUGUAAAGAUUCGCCUUACAAAAGUUGUUCAAGGGACAUUACAAGUGUGGACCCUGAUGUUCAGUUGUGCCAGUGUGUUGAGAGUACUAUAAUUGAAAUUAUUAACAUGAGUGUAAGUGGAGUUUAGGGAGAAUGCAAAUGGUAUCUGGAUUUGGAGAGAGCUGCCAAAGUGGAUUGAAGCACAAAUCUGUGUUUUUAAUUCAUUGGAUUCAGUUACGGCUGAACCUUGUUGAAGGAAAAGAAUACUUCAAAAGGACUUAUUUUGCUUGGUAGAUCGUUUGAAUGUAGGCAUGAAUUUUUGGGUGUGCUUUAUAUCUGAUUUGAUACAGCAAUGCACCCAUAAUGGGUUUUGUAACACUGUGAAGUGAGGACUUCAUUUGUUGAGCAAAAUGCAAAAUGAUGGGUAAGAAAAAUUUGAGAUUGGAGAGCUUUACUAGAACUCAAAUGAACGACUGUUUCAGAGCCUUGCAGAGCAAGAUGGAAUAAAAUAUUCCAAGGAACACUUGAAGAGUUAUGUAAAUAACUUGCACCAUCACAUUGAUUACUAAGAAAAAGCUUUAACUUUUUUAUUUGCCUUUUGAAUCAUUGGUCACAGUGUGAAUUAGUCACAGAACUGAGCUGAACUGGCCUGUAAACUGUUGACAAUUCGAGAUCUGUAAGUUCAAAACAGAUUUAAACAUCAGCCAGCCUUCAUGAAAAGUUUGAAUCCGGUUUCAAACUAAACUAAAGAGACAAACUAAAAAAAUGAAAACCCAAGCAAAAACCUCCUGGUGUAGGAACAAACUGAACUGUAGCACAGAUUGUUCGGUAUUUUUAAACCUCAGUUUAAAAGAGAUGAGAAUGUUGUUAGAUUAAGCGUAGAGAUAACUUGUCAUCAGGAUAAGAUUAAAUAAGAAAUUAAUAUUGGAGAUGACUGUGACAGAAGUCACAGGAGUGAGAAGGGUGACGAAUUUCAGCCAGACCACAGCAGUUCCAGCUCAGAGAACAAGAAGGCUAAAUCCAUGUGUGUACAUGUUCUUUCAUUUACAGCUGCAGGAUUUGGCCUUGAUGGAUGUAUUGUAGCAUUGCAGAAGAGGUUUAUGGUGCAAUUUUCUUGAUGGUUGCGCAAGCUCUGGUGUGAGGCAGCAGAGAGAUAAAAUUGUUGGGCUGUUGUGCCAGAACUGGAUGUUGUACUUGCCUUGCUAAGCUUGGCAGCCUAUCUUUACUGGAUUUGAAGUGACAGCAUUCAGCAUUAAGUACAAUAUUUUCUUCCAUUAAAAUCAGCUUAUAUUUCAGAAAUAACGGUCUGAUUUUUAGUGUGGCUGGAGGAAGUCCUGCAUAGCUGUCUUUGACCUCUGCUGGACGUUAACUGGGAGGCUAAUGCUGAGUUCCCACCACCAUUCCAGGAUUGUUUGAGUGUAACCAUGUGGUGACACCCAGCUAUAUUUUUUGUCAUCUCGGUGUAAUGUAUGUAAAUAUAUAUUUUUUUCUUA